CGCCUUCGGCUCGGGUGACAAUUCUGCCCGCGGUUUGAAGUAGUCUAUUUUCCCUCCCUAGGUGUGUAAUAUACUAUUACUGAAAUUUGAGUUUUAGAGAACGAGGUACUUUGACAGUUCAAAAAAUUUUCGAAGAUUGUAGCGCUGCUUGAAUUGUGGCAAAUGUUUGCACGCAAAAAUGUUGCUUUGAUUUCUCGAAGUGCUAAAAUUGUUGUUCGGAUUAUUUUGAUUUUUACUUUGACGCUUGAGAUCGAAGAAAUUGUCUAAUUUAUGAGAUUUCUGUUCGAGAUAUUCAGAUUCGGAAGCAACGUAGUUGUCCUAAAUCGUGGCUGUAUUUUUGCGAGGGAUAAUCGUUCCCAGGAAUUCGUUUCAAUUCUUAUUUAUUUUUCGCCCCUCCCGAAGGAGUAGUUCGGCAUCGUGAGCCCGGUCCCGCUCGUUGUAUCGUGUGCGAGAACCUCGUACGAGUUCGAAUUGCGCAACGUGUCUAGCGGUCGUUCGAACACAAAACAGCUGAUUCGGUUCCCCUGCCGCGACUCCCGAGGGGCCGUUCGUUCUCUUCGUGUUAUUCGUGACUCAAUUUCAAGAUGGCUCUUUGGACGUAAUUUCGUGACGAGUUUGGGCGGCUUGGCGCGCGCGACACUCGGCACACUUUUGCCCGCUUCUGUCAGCUCUCACUGCCGCUCCCCUGUCUCCUCCGCCUGUUUUCCCGUGUCUCGAGAACGACGAGUUGCGGUUCUCGCGAUCGUCGCGAUCGUGCACGCAUAUUCUCAGUAAUUGAUCGGAAAAAGCUCACUUGCUUUUUUUCGCACCGCCCAACACUUGUAACCGCGAUAUAGACAAACAAAUAAUAUCGGAAAGUAUAAACUCUACGGGCGCGAGUGUUGACGACGUGGAGGCAACUAUCACGGAGCGAUGAGAAACGAAAGAUAAAUAAACAAGAAAAAAACAACUUGUCAUCGAACGAGAACACACUGUUGUCAGUGACGUCUAUGGCAAACGCGAUGUAGCAGACGCUUUUUCUACCGAUCUAUACCACUUUAGUGUCCCGAAAGAGGAAUUUUCCUUUUUCAUCAAUUUUAUUCGAGGCGACAGACGCCCCCGCCCCGCCACGCAGCAUCCAGUUGAAGAUUGAAAAUGACAGCUGGGCCGAGUCUGGUAGUGCCGAUAGUGCUUUGGGGCAGGAUAGCACCCACUCACUGCAUUUCGUGCGUUUAUUUAUCGCGAGAUCAGAAGACUUUGGUGACAGGUUGUUACGACGGUCAAAUAUGUUUGUGGCAAGUGGAUUCGGAGACGCUGGAGAUGACCCCCCGCUGUCUUUUGGUUGGACACACAGCGCCGGUUUUGUGUCUGAGCAGAGCGAGUGUUGCGACAGAGCAAAAUUACAUAGUCAGCAGCAGCGAAAGCGGAGAAAUGUGCACUUGGGAUCUCGUAGAUGGAAAAUGCAGAGAAGCCGUCAAGCUCAACAAUAUUCAUACACAGAUGCUGCCCUAUGUGUCAGCCGGCGGUGAAGAUGUCAGAUUAUUCUGUUCCGGAUAUUAUCCAGAAGUUCUCGUCAUGGAUCCUUUCAGUUUAGAGGUGCUGUUUACGCUGAGCUCACGUGUCAAUCCGGACUGGAUAAGCGCGCUGCACGUUCUGAGACCGGCCAAACGGAAAGGUCGGUUCUACGUGCACACAAAUGACGUUGUUCUCGCCUUAACGACCACCGGCACCGUCAAAGUCUGGACGCUCCUCGGCCACGAGAAUCGAAACAGCGAACCCCUCUACGAGCACGAGAGCAAACAAAUCAGGUGUCUCAACGCCCUCGCCCUGACCUGCUGCCCCUACAACCAGCGAACGGUUCUCAUUGUUUGCUCCAAAUAUUGGCAGAUUUUCGACGCUGGGGACUUUUCGGUGUUGUGUUCAGUGACAUCGCCUCCAAGCGAGCGAUGGAUGGCCGGCGAUUUUUUGGCAGCAGACCGUGUGAUACUUUGGAGCGACGAGGGGCAUGGAUAUCUUUACAAAUUGCCAGCCAACAAGCUGAAGGGCAAGGCUCUCAGCAGUAGCGUGGCCGACAACACGAGUUUUCACACGCCCUCGGCCGAAUGCGACCAACCCUACUUGUACUGCACGCUGACCCAGCCCGGAGACAAGCCAUUGUCAUGUCCUCCGGCGAUGAGGCUCGUGACGGUUCAGCGUCAAAACAAAACCGUGAAAUACUUGCUGCGGGGGGACAGCGAAGGCGUGAUAAUAUUAUGGACGGUGCCCGACAUAACGAGCCAGCAACUGUCGCAAAUAAGUCAAAAGGACAAAAGUUUGGCGCCGCCGGCGUUGGCUCCGAGCAUCAAAACGAGUCUGACAGCGGCAUGGGAGUCGAUGAAGCCUUCACCUGUUGGCAUCCUCGAUCAACUCGACUCCGGUGAUGCUCAUGGAUCCAAGUUGACCGCGUGCAUUUAUUUGCCUCAGCAGAGUCGUCUCGUUGUCGGCAGAGAGGAUGGCAGUAUUAUUAUCGUCCCGGCCACUCAAACGGUCAUGCUGCAACUUUUGCACGGGAAUCAUCAACACUACGACGAUUGGCCUCCGCAUCAAGUUCUCCUGGGACAUUCGGGUCGUGUCAAUUGCCUUUUGUAUCCUCACGGAGCCGCUCCUCGGUACGAUCGCACUCACCUCGUCUCCGGAUCCGUGGAUUUCGCCGUUUGCCUCUGGGAUCUUUACGCCGGCACUCUGAUUCACCGGUUUUGUGUUCAUGCCGGCGAAAUCACUCAGCUCAUGGUCCCGCCUGAUAACUGCAGCCCUCGGAUACAAAAAUGCGUUUGCAGCGUCGCCUCUGAUCACAGCGUCACGCUCCUGUCCCUCGCAGAACGAAAAUGCGUCGUCUUGGCGUCCCGCCACUUGUUCCCGGUGGUUACCAUCAAGUGGAGACCCCUCGACGAUUUCAUGAUCGUCGGCUGCUCGGACGGUGCUGUCUACGUUUGGCAAAUGGAAACUGGCCACUUGGAUCGGGUUUUGCACGGCAUCAUCGCUGAGGAAGUGCUUUACGCCUGUGAUGAAAACAGCAUCGGGUCCAGCAGCGGAAUGGGCGGCGGGGGCACAGCUGGCGGUGAACUCGGACUCGCCAAUCCUGCGGUUCACUUUUUCAGGGGUCUGAGACACAGGAAUUUGUCAGCAAUACGUCACGCGACCCAACGAGGACUCCAUCAGUUGCAGCAGCUGCACGGAGGGCACGGUAACGAGCACGGGAACCAGAUAAAGGCGCGAGGGACGCCGCUGAUGAUUCAGGGCUUCAGGAGCAACCCGAAGGACCCGGAAAGCCACAUUUUGUUUUUCGACAUCGAAGCAUUGAUAGUACAAUUAUUGAGCGACGAGUACGGCUCGAUGUCACCCGGAUCCCUGGAGGCUCAGGGCCUCAUUUCCGCAUCCGAGUAUCAAAAAGUCGCGGCUCUGACGCAAUCGGCCAGUCCCGACGCUCAUAAAAAAAUCGCAGACUUUUUCGGUCGCGUCAAGGAUAAAGCUGGCGACGUUGAGAGAAUUCUCAAGGAGAAAGAUCGUCACGGUAUUUUGGCAAAAAUGAAGGAGGGUGCGGAAAAUGUGCACACAAAGUUGCAGGCGAAGGCGGAGAGCGUUGGCCUCAAGCCGUCGAAUCUUGACGGCAAAGGUGAAGGAUGGAGCAGCAACGACUCCAUGAGAAACAGCCUCAAACGUAACGGAGCUUUCAACGAACCUAACGCUACCAUGGAAAUCGCCCAACUCCUACUCAGCCUCCUCCAUGCCUGGGGCAUGGAUCCCGAUCUCGACAGAGUCUGCGAAGCCAAACUCGGCCUGUUGAGGCCCAUGGUGCCCGUUUCGUUCGGAGUUUUGUCCAAGGGUGGUUACAUGUCGCUGUUGCUGCCAACGUGGCAGACGCGAUUGGAGCCUGCGGAGGAGCCAGCGACGCAAUUGGAGCAGCGAUUGCCGGUCGAGUUGGUGAGGCAGGACAAACUGACGAAAGCGUUCACGGCCCGAGCGCACUGGGAAUUGUCGACGACGCUGACGAGCAAUCACCUGCUGGCGGUGGUCGCACUCGCGAAUACUUUGAUGUCGAUGAACAACGCGACGUUUGUCCCGGAGCAGGAAAGAAAUCGGAAAAUGCACAGACCGGGAAAUCGCGGGGCUGUUGCGGCCGGCGUUGUCGGUGUCAAUUGGAACAAAGCGGAGGAAGAGAGCGAAGAAAUAUUCACCGUGCAACAGGCUCAGAUCAAACAAGGAUGGUCCCUGCUUGCCACGCUUCACUGCGUUCUUCUACCCGACAAAGUCGCCGCUCAGGGCGGAUCGAAAACUUUCAAACGCCCUCAAGUCGAAAUGAUGGCGCGCCGGUGGCAACACCAGUGCCUCGAGGUUCGAGAGGCCGCUCAAGCGUUGUUGCUCGCAGAAUUGGGUCGCAUGGGUCCCAAGGGUCGUAAGUCCCUCGUCGACAACUGGUCGCAGUACCUGCCGAUGUACAGUACGCAAGAGCCGAUAGCGCCGCAGGCUCAGAAUCACAGUCCUCCAUCGGCGAGCCCGGUCCCAGCGGGGGUCGGAGGGGAGGCCCCGGCGCCCGGGAACCCAGAGGACGAGGACGAGGAGGAGGAACUCGCGGAAGAGAUGAGCAUGACGCGAAAGCCUUCGAGCGUGGCCGAGCUCAAGAGGAAGCAAAAUACCGCGGUGGUGCUUCUCGGCGUGAUCGGUGCCGAGUUCGGCCAGGACGUUGCGACCGGAACCGGCGGGAAUUCCUCCAGCGGGAACCGCAGCCGGGAAAGCGAGCAGCAGCUCCAGCAGCAGCAACAGCAGAGGAGAAAAAGUUCGGUCGCCGAGGGAUUCGCCAUUGGGAACAACAACCUCGCUCGACACACGAGCAUGGCCCUCACUCAUCUCCUGCACGCCCCGCACUCCCCCAAACUCCCGAUGCACACGUCCCUCCGGAGAGCCGCGAUCGACCUCAUCGGCAGGGGCUUCACCGUCUGGGAACCUUAUUUGGACGUCUCGAAGGUCCUUCUGGGACUGUUGGAGAUGUGCUGUGACGCUGACAAACUCGUGCCCAGCAUGACGUACGGUUUGCCGCUCACACCACAGGCCGACAGUUGCAGAACGGCGAGACACGCCCUCACUCUCAUCGCGACCGCCAGACCUGCCGCUUUCAUCACGACCAUGGCACGCGAAGUCGCCAGAUUCAACACCCUCCAACAAAACGCUCAAACGCUCAACGUCAAUCUCGGCACCAGCGUCCUCGCCAGAGCCAAACCAGAAAUUCUCAGGAUCGUCGAACAGCUCAUCGACAAAAUGCAGAGCGAAAUGAGCGAUCUUCUAGUCGAGGUCAUGGACAUUAUUCUUCACUGCCUUGAUCCUGGACAUUUGAAGACGAAACCUUUGAACGAAGUUUUUCCUGCGGUGUGCAGAUUCAAUCAGGUCAGUCAUUGUCCGGCGACUCGGAGGAUAGCGGUGGGUGGCCGAGGCGGUCAGUUGGCGUUGUACGAGCUUCGUGGCAACGUCAAAUGUCAAACGGUUGCGGCGCAUCAAGCCCCAGUAACGGCGUUGGCGUUUUCACCGGAGGGAAAGUUUCUCGUUAGUUAUUCGUGCUCGGAGAAUAAAUUGUGUUUCUGGCAGCAAACGAGCAGCGGCAUGUUCGGCCUCGGGAACUCUCAGACUCGCUGUGUGAAGUCUUACAGCACUGCACCGAUCAACGAUGUCGCACGAUUGAAUCCAAUGCGGCUGGCCCGACUCAUUUGGAUCAACAAUCGUACGGUCACUCUCAUGCUCGCCGAUGGAUCGGAAACUCGAUUCAACGUCUAAUUUCGUCGUUCCGUGGAGGGAGCCUCCGAUCGACCUAUUUUCGAGCCUCCGAAACGUUCUCGCCUCAAAUGACAGGCCUACGAGCACCCUCGCAACGAUUAUUCGAUGCCUCGAAUCCUUGGAUUCGUUUUUUCCCGCAAAUUCGACGUUUCUGGAGGCGCAGGAUCGAAAAUUUGUUCGCUAUAGUCGGAUUUCCUCCGGAAUUUAAAAAAAGCGCACUUUUCUCUUCACACAAAAAUAGAGGAAAUUGCGUGUGCAGGAUAGCAGAUUAAUCUGUGGAGCAUGAGAGAAAAAAUACCAAAAUUUUCCCAUUUGUUGUUCUCUUUCAUGUUGUUGUUGUUAUUGCUGCUGAUGUUUAAUUUUUUCUCUACCACUGAAGAAGGUGAACACGUUUCUUGAGUCGAAAGUCCCCGGAAGUCUUCGUAACCGCGGUUCAUGCACGAUUCCUUUCAAAGUUUCGUUCCGCUUUCGGAAUUUCGCCUCCAGCAUCGGUGGAAAAAAACGUCAAAAUUGAAAAUGUUCUUUAAAAUUCUCCAAAUUUCCACCUCCAAAUUCAUUUAAAAAGUUGGAAAACCAGAUUUUCCGAAGCAUUGAGACUCUGCAACGUUGAUAAGCGUGUUCACCUCUGAAUUAUCAUCCCAAUAAUCGAUCGACUAACGAUUUAUACCAAAAUGUCCGACGAAUUGCGCUCUGUACAUAGAUAAAGAAUUAGCUUUCGUUGAUUCCGGCCCACGUGCAUAUUCUCCAACGUUUUAUUGAGUUCGAACGAUGGAAUGGACAAAGUGGUCGGAAUUGGGGGAGCCAUAUAAAUAUUUAUUAUUCCACCGAUUAGCCUCGCUCUAAAAGCAUUCGAACUAAAUGUACAUACCCAGAAGCCUCAAAAUAGAGGAAUAAACACAAAAAUGAGAGGCUUGAAUGGAGAAAAAAACGAGAAAAUUUGCAUCACAAGAUCGUUGUUCAAUCGAAUAAUCACGAUUACUAUUAUUUCAUAAGAUAUCUCGUUAAAAUGCGUUCUUUCGAGGGCUUUAUAAAGCUCCGAUUCCCUAAAAAUUCAGCCUCGCAUUGGCUCACCCGCAUAAUAACCCCGCGUCCGUACAUUUUUCCUGUGCGAAAUUUCAAUAUUUUCGCCUCCAGGAUCGUAUCGACGUUUCUCAUAACGGAGCGAGCAUAGCGUUACGAAAAGGGAUGAAAACGCAUUGUCAAGCUUGUGCGAACGAGCGGGGCCCCCGUUCAUACCGAUCGACAAUAACAUCGCUAUGCUUCACAUCCGAAAAGUCCUUUGUACCAUACCUCGAUUAUUCGUUAACCCUCGACGACUGCAAUUUCGUUUCGGGCUCCAAACCCUGUCAGGGCUUCUCCCAUAGAAAACGUUCUUUCUCCUUGGUACUAAUGCAGAGAGUUGUGCAGUGGAGUAACGUUCGGUUGAAAUUUAUCGAACAAUAUCGAAGUGUUGAGCGAAAAAUUUUGAAAAAUCGAAAAAAAACGUCGAACAAAAAUCAAUCUACUGGCUUUUCUCACAGCUGUCGAGGGCUAACGAGGCUCGAACGAACUAUUAGUUAUUUGAUAAUCGAUUAUACAAUUGAUUCAUAAAUGUAUAAUAAUAGUCGGCGUGUUAAAGAAAAUUUAAGCAUAAAACCAUGGAAUUAGAAUUAUUGAUACUCGCGCGUCUAGUUGUAAGUUUAUUCACGUCGUUGAUAUCAUUGUUUAUUGUCCAAAGUACACACUCACACUAAACAUAAAAACAGAAGAUAAAACAUAUGCAAAAAUAUAUAUUUAAAGAACGUGACUGGAUCAUGUUCCAAAAUGAGAAAAUGUCUCGUCGAUUUUAUCCUCAUUUUUCGUGGGCAUUUCUUUUCCUCUUUCGGUAUUAAUGUUAAACGACUCUAACUUAUCGUCGUUGAAAGUCGUGAUUUUUUGGCCAAUCAUUGAUUUACGGGGGAGUAGCAAUUCGAGGAAAUUUUUGGGGAGGAAAAAUGUUCUGAAUGGUUGAACGGUCAAGAUUUUCGAUUUGAAAAGCUUCUUUGGAUGAGAAUUUAAGGAGUUUCGAGCAAGAAAAUUGUUCCUGCUAGGAAAAAUUAGUUUCUGUUAUUUUGUUAUUGGCAAAGUUUUAGGAAUUUCCGGCGGGAAAACAGCUCUGAAAUGUCAAAGGAAACAAACUUUCAAACAAAAAUCAUUUUUUCAGUGUUUCUCGUGAAAAUUUGUCGAGACUUUAAUGUUGGAGCGUCAAAUUAGUUUGGAAUUGAGAUUCAAACGUUUGCAUUCUCCGUUACUUGAGCCAUUGGCCCCGUGGCAGGCGGUUCGUUAUAAAAGUGCUGAAAUGGACGAGACAUUGCUCCGCGCCUACGUAUAAAUAGCCACACAUGCGCUUCUUCGUAAUUUUAUCAUUUUAAAUGUUAUUUUAUGCGAGCGCGCGUUGAUAAAUGAAAGUAAUUGUGAAAGUGCAUGCCCUUUUGUUUUUUAUUCUCCGUCACACUGUGCGAUUACGAGGAAAAGGUGUUUUGUGGGCGCUUUUAAGGGAGUUGGGACUCUGGAAACGUGCGAUUUCCUCCAUUUUUUUGGCCAAAAAGUUCUGAGAAAAAUCACUGUUCCGGAGUUUCUUCCUGAGAAACCGCACCGAAAGCGAGAGCCUAGUCACUCUCGGUAUGUAAAAAAAAGUUGUUCGAAGUGCGAAACGGUGAAAGAAGGAGAAGCAAAAAAAAAAAAAAAUGGAUCGAGAAAACUGAGAAUCUUUCGAAAAUGAAUUUCCUCGAAACCAAAAGUGAAGAAUCCCGUGAGAAAAUUUUUAAAAAAAGUUGAAUGUGCGAGAAAAAUAUUGAAAAGAUGGAAAAAUCAAGUGAAUCCUUCGAAAAAACAAAAAAUCCGGCGAUUCGCCGAACUAAGAGCUGGCAUGUGUGUUAUGUUUGUUAAACGAUGUAACGAAAUAAUUAAAAAUGCAAUUGUAUCGUA